UUUGGUCUCUGCCUCCUUCAGACCAGCAGGGACCAGGAGCCGGGCACGAUCGAGCCGCACUCGGCCUCUCUCGGGAAGACGAAGGACCCAGAGAUCUCUUGAAUCCGGAUCCGUGAGGACCGUGUGCGGAGCCGCGAUGGUUUGUGGAGGAUACGUCUGCACCAAGAACGCACUGUGCGCGCUCAACAUACUUUAUGUCUUGGUGAGUUUGCUGCUGAUCGGAGGGGCCGCCUGGGGGAAAUGGUUCGGCCUGGUCUCAAGCUUCCAGGUGGUGGCCGGCGUCAUUGGCGUGGGCAGCUUCCUGUUCCUGGUUGCCUUCGUGGGUCUGUGCGGCGCCCUGAAGCACCACCAGGUCCUGCUCUUCUUUUACAUGAUGAUUCUGUUCCUCGUGUUCGUGGUGCAGUUCGCGGUGUCCUGUGCUUGCCUGGCCCUGAAUAAAGACCAACAGAACCAUCUGCUGGAGAUCGGCUGGAACAAAUCCGAGGCCACUCAACUGGACGUGGAGAAAACGCUCAACUGCUGCGGCUACUCCAGCUUCAACUACAACGGCACCUGUGCUGCUACUUGCUUUAAAGACCCGUCACCAGCUUGUGAAACCUGCUCAAACAUCAUCCAGCGGUAUGCCGGAGAGGUGCUGCGGUUUGUGGGCGGUGUCGGGCUCUUCUUCAGCUUUACAGAGAUCUUCGGAGUUUGGCUCGCCCACAGAUACAGAAAUCUCAAAGAUCCCCGAUCAAACCCUGGAGCCUUUCUAUAGCCAGGCACAGAUGAAUACAUUGCACUGCUGAAUAACUGUCCCCAUAUAUAACCUGUAUAUCUGUUUUAAUGUAAGGCAGAAAAAAAAAGAAAGUUGUAUGGGUCUUAUCAGGGCCUUUAUCUCUUCUCUAAAUCUUUGCUGCUCAAUUACUCUCAUUUAAAUUAUGUACGUUUUGAUGCUGGAAAUAAAUGUUGUGUCUUUAA